AUGCGACUGAACGUACCCACCCGCAGCGAUCUCUACAUUUCGCCAUUGACCCACAACGACUGGAUGGCGGUCUAUGAGGCCGUGUCCAACCCCAACGUUCUGUCUCGACUAGACAUUCCUACCCCGUACGACGAGGGCAAGGCCAGAGAUUUCUGCUCCAAGGCCGACUCGGCUCGCUAUAGCUGGAAUGGCGAGCAAUUGCCGGUGGUUUUUGCCGUUCGCGACUCGCAAAAAGGCGAUAUGGCCAUGGGAUGCAUUGAUCUGAGACUGAGUGAUUCCACCACCCCGUUUUACGCCAUUGAUCCGCACUUCAGAAGCGCAGACGGCCGGAGCGCCGAGGUGGGAUACUGGCUGGCAGAAGGAUACCAGGGACACGGUCUGAUGAGCCUGGUGGUGCAGGCCGUAUUCCAAUAUGCACGUGACGUCAUGGCGGUCGACUUCUGCUGUGCUGCGUGCAGGUCCAACAACCCGGCAAGUGCUAAGACCAUCUGUAACGCUGGUCUCACGCUAAGAGAAGAAGAGAACGGCGUCCAGUACUACUGGAGCGUAUAG